AUGCAGCCUUAUCCAUACAAUCCGUUCACUGCUCCAAUUCCUUCGUCGUAUCCAUUUUUCAACGAACAAACACCAUCAUCCACAACAGCAAAUCGUCCAACGUCUUCAUCUUCUGAAUCUUCAUCGAGUUAUGAAUUAUCAACAAUUCUAUCAUCCAAUCAUUCAAAUCCAUUUUCAAUUACAACAGCAACAACUAACAAUCCUUCGUCAUUACCAAUUCGUAGUGAACAAUUUGAUUUAUCAUCGUUGAUUGAAUACUCCCGUUAUCGUCGUGAACAUUACAAUGAGCAUGUGUUAUGUAAUUUUUGUAAAUGUAAUGGUGAAAAUUAUGAAGUUUAUACGUCGCACAAAUUACGUGAUAAUGCACGAAAUGUAACAUUAUGUCCAAUUUUACGAUCAUAUCAAUGUCCAAUGUGUGGUGAAUCUGGAGAUCAAGCUCAUACUCGAAAAUAUUGUGCAAUGGGAAAUAAACAGAAAAAAUUACGAAAAAUACAACAGGCAAUGGCAACAAAACCUUAG